AGCCUUGGGCUACAUGUUCCAUCAGUCCUGACUGUCCAUAAGCCCGGCAUUAACCCCUUAAAUCACACACACACACACACACACACACACACACACACACACACACACACACACACACACACACACACACACACACACACACACACACACACACACACACACACACACACACACACACACACAUGCACACACACACAUGCACAUUAUACAAAAAGCAAAUAGUGGUUGAACCAAGAACGGGGUAAACAUUUCUGAUUGUAAACAACUACCUCUGCAUUGCAAUUGCACACACCUGCUGCUAUAUGUUUAGUAUAUUAUUAGCGAUAUUUACCUGUUUAAUAUUAUCUUAUUGUUAGGGAUGUUUUUUGUUUUUGUUAUUGUUGUGCAUCUGCACUUUAUCUUAAUGUCUAUGCAUGGGACAGUGUGAAACGUAAUUUCAAUUCCUUCGUAUGGCAAGCACAUUCGAAGAAAUUGACAAAUAAAGUAUUCUAUUCUAUUCUAAAUUAAAUUUCCAGGUUUAAUGAACGCUAUGGGGGGGUUGUCCCACGGGCAGGACGCUGGAAUGCUAACGGGUCAAAGCUUUGGAGAGGAGGCGCAUUGCUCAGCAAAGCUUGACCUCCCCAGGCUUUACCUAUAAAAAAGGGGCUGACGACAAGAUAAGUAGGGGGAUGCUUUUGCUGAACACCAGCUGUUUCAACAUUCAAUAGAGGCCAUCUGAUCUGACUGUCCAGAGGUCAAAGAAAAUCAACAGAGUGAAAAGAAAAGUAGUUAUUGCACUUAACAUAAUUUCCCUUUAAAACACCUUGUAUUUAACCAGCACUUUAAGAAGUUUUCAGUAAAUCCCAUCAGAGGGGGAUUCAAGAUGGCGGGGAGGAUGAAGGGUUAAUGUGUGGCCAAGGAAAUCUGAUGCUAAUUAGGUCUCAGGAAUGCCACAGUGAGUCAGAGCAGGAACCCCCAGAGUGGCUCAGACAUGAAGAGAACCAGCUAAUAUUUUUACUCCUCAGCGGAGUUUCAGGAAUCCUGCAGCUGAAGGCAUCUAUAAGCAAAAUGGUUUUACUGACUUCAGUGCUGUUGCUGCUCCUGACCUGGGCAUCACUGCGUAACGCGGCGCAAUCUGUAGCGGAGAAAUGCCGGGGCACGCGCUGCUUCCACGGGGACUCCGCUGAACCGAGUCCGUGCGCGGGAGCGCACUGUCAGGGUGACGGAUCAUCCAGACUCCAGCGACAGUUUAACCCAACAACUCUGGGGAGGACCGCGCAACCAGAGGCCGGUCAGAACCACCCACACUCCCCAAAAGAACCGAGCCCGUCCACGCUGUUUCUCCGCGGGCGGAACGGCGAUGGAGGCGCACACGUGAGAGCGCAAGAGAGAUGUUUGGGUGCGGACUGCGCCUCUGCCGCGAAACAGUUUCAGACCAACAACGAAACCAGAGACUGCAGGGGGAUCGAGUGCAGACUGCCGCCGAGGAUGCGGACGAAAUCCAGGGGAAGGUCUUGUGUUGGAGAGCGAUGCUCUUCGGAUGGCACCCACACCGCGGACCAGCCUCCAGCCUAUCUGUCCGACAGAGCCGCGCAGUUCCUGGGAGACGAGUUUGGACAUCCGUCAUCCGAACUUGGAGGAGCGCCUCUAGGAGUCCAGCUCACUUGUGACAUAAAACCAGGGGAGAAUGAGGUUCCUUCAGAGGAUGCCCUCAUCCUGCACCUCCAGCUGGAAAAAGGGCAGGAGAAGCUGGUGGAGGCACUGCGAGCCCAGCAGGUCAUCAUUCGUGACCUGCAGCAGAAGCUUGUGGACCAGCAGGAGGCCCUGCUUUCUCAGCAGCGAGACGUCCUAGAGCAGCAGCGGCGCAUGUAUGAGCAGAUGGAUGUGGUGAAGGCUCAGUUCGGCCUCCUGUCGGACACCGUCAAGCAGGUCUCUUUCCAGGGCCUGCAGGGCGAACUGCAGACCUACUUUGAGAGUCACCUGGCAGGGCUGCAGAGCCAAGCCCGCAGCCACCUUCAGAAAUCCUACGCCGUGCAUAAAAUGGACUUAGACUCAAAGGUGAUGGAUGUUGUUGGAGAGGCUCAUUUUCCUCAGCCUCUGCUGGGAUGCCCUUCACCCUGCAGAUCAGAGGAAUUCUGUGAUUUUCAAAGGGAUCCACCCCGAUGUGAGAAGUGCACCAUGUGUCCUCCGGGUUUCUUCCUGAUCUCACAGUGCUCCCCAUCUGCAGACAGAAUGUGCCAGGACAGAGAUGAAUGUCUUGAACUACCAAACAUUUGUGGGGAGCGGGUUAAAUGCCUCAAUACUCCUGGGGGUUUCAGGUGUCUUGGGGUUUCAGAGAAAGAGGCUGCGAUGGGCCUGUGCGGUCAGGAGUACUUCUACAACCAGGAGCUGCAGGAGUGCCAGGCUUGUUCAGACUGUGAUGGAGAACCCGUUGUUGUUCCCUGUACCUCCACCAGCGACUCCGUCUGCGUCUCACUUUCAGAGAGCCGACUCUCAAAGUCCUGGGCAGCAGAUGUGGCGCUUCCUCCUGCUAGUACAUCUGGGAGCCACAUCUUCCCUGGCUUACAGCUGAACAUACGAGGGAAGGAGAGCAGUGAUUUUCUAUCCAAUCAAGCAGGGAACAUCACCUUUCUUCAACAUGGUCUAGUGUGGCUGGAUUAUAACUUUGCAAUAAAGCACAGCUGCAGAAACUUCCUACAGGUGGGGAUGAAGCUCAACGGGAGCCAAGAGGAGGAGAGUCAGGACCUCAGCGGUGUUCGUAUUGAACAGCCAGAUGGGAAGUACUUGCAGGGGGUCAGCGUGAGCUCCGGGGUGGAGAUAGAGCCUGACGAUAUCUUCACGCUUCUGCUGAAGAGUCCAAAUCAUCACUGCAAUCAGAGCAAGGAUCUUCACGUCUUUGACUUCCCAACUCCUUCCCUGAGUUUGCUUUGGUUGUCUCAUGAUACUGGUGCUGUUGCCAUGACGGCUCACAUGUCCCUGCUGGCACACUACCAGACCAGCUACCGUCCAACUUUCCGCAUCACAUUUGUGUCCGACCCCUAUAUGGUCAGCCUCACUCAUGACAGCCGUGGGGUACGCUUCACAGAGAGCGGAGUGGUGAAGUUUGUCCUUCAGCAGGCGCUUUACUCCAUGGGUCACGCCUGCGUUCGAGAAGGUUUCUCCCUGAUCACUUACAAGGCCCGAAAUGGGACUGGCUUAGAGGUGAUGCAGGCUUUUAAGACUGGUGUGAACUACAGAGACACCUCCAUCACCCUCUCUGGUGCAGUGAUGGUGGAGAGCAAAGACACUCUCAUGUUUGAGAUCGCAUCUCCAUCUCAGUGCAACAUCCGGUACUUCGGGGACAGCACUGGGAUCAGUAUGUUGAGCUUGAUCUGGAUUCCUUCUGCCGUGUCGUCAGCCUUGACAGCGACAGUGUCACGGACCGGUCUUCCCUUUGGAGCUGUCAGGAAUAAAACUCUGCUGUUCCAGCAGAUCAGUCCGGAUACACCACAGGUCAAUCUGGCCCGCUCUGGAGAACAAGGCGCUCGCAGGAACUUUAUCUUCCACGAGAAGGGGACAGCAAAUGUGGCCCUUAACCUAAAACUUAUCCACUCCUGUAAUAUAGUUAAGCUCACCUUGCAGAGGGUUGGAGGGAAAAGCGAGCAGGCGGGUCCUGUGGCUCAGCAGGUGUCUGGAUCAAUGCCUGAAGGCAGUGAAUGGGCAAGUAUUGGACUCAGAGCCUCGUUUCAGGUCCAGAAUGGCACAUCUGUUUAUGUUACUCUGGAUUGCAUCAGAGGACGAGUUAACCAGAUAAAACACGAAGGUGCUACAAACAUUUCGAUUUUCUGGGUUGCACUGUGAAUCAACAGAGCAGGACUUUUGUUUUUUGUGCCCUUUGUGAAAACAAGCUGACAUUUUUGCACAAAACUGAACCAAAUUAGGGACAAAAUCUUAAUGAUAAACAUCGUUUCUCCUUCAUAUUUCCAACCCAGAGUUGUUUUUUUUUUGGGUAACUGUCCAGAUUUGUUUUAUGACAUGUUGGAGGUAAAACAUCAGAACUACUUCUAUUCUGGAAGUACUUCAGCUGGUUGAACAAUUUUACAUCGUAUUGCUGGGAUGUCUGACCCCUACUUCACACUGGAGGCAUCAGCGGUGCGGCACGGCAGCAGCUUCUCUGUCAUGCUUCUCAUUGGACUCUUAUUCACAAAAUCCAUCGAGCCUUCAGAGUUCACGGUUUGUUUAUGCCAUUCACAAUGAAACCGAAGACAGAGAAAUCACAUUUGAUUUCACUGUUUGUUGCCAUACAUGAUGUUGUGCCUGUCCACUGCCAGGAUUAAAGCCAUAAAAACACAUUGCUGCCCUUCUCGAAUGAUGCUGGGAGUAAAUAAGCCGUCAGGUCAUAUGUAUAGACGUAAUCUACAUAGAUAUGAAAUUGCAUUGCUGCAAUAGAAGAAGAAAGAAGAAGAAGAAAAUAUAAUUUCCAUAGAUCAGUCCGGAUACACCAAUCGUCUUUUAUUAUGAAAAUUACCAGAGGUUUUACACUGAAAUCAUACCUGAUUUCCUGUCUAGCCCUAUGUUAACUGUAGAAAUUUACGUGUCACAGAAGUGGCUCGCAGCAAAAAUACAAUCCGAUCCCAACUUUAUCGGCACGGCACAGCGUGCCGCUUCUGGUAUGCACCAGAAAAUGUCCACAUCUGAAUUACCCCCAUUGACUAUUGUAUGUAUAAAGGAUUCUAUUUAAAGCAUUCACGUUCUGCACUGCUGACGCUUCUAGUGUGAAGUGGGGUGAGAGUGUCUGUGGUACUUUGUUCAAGUGUUUAGCUACACACACAUUGGCAUGUUUGAUUUUGCAUGUGGCUCCUUUAACAUUUGUCAAAAACAAGAUAUAUCUACCACUUGAGUAUAUGUAAGACACUUUCAAAAUAUAUAAUCAAGUUUCAGGGGUUUGGGAAA